GUUAACAUGCAUGCAACGGUGGACAACGUAGUUCCUGCUUACUCUAAAAUGAGGUUCGGCAUGUAGCUGCAGUGCAAGAGGUUUAGAAACGGAUAGAGAAGUCAGUGAAUCGCAUCUCUCAUUUGUUUCAAGGACAGUGGAGAGAGGCUCCUUGCCUAGUGCAUUCCUGAAGCAUGAUGCUGUGCUGGGGCAACACGGCUGCAGGCCAGCUUGGCCUAGGUGACUUGGAAACCACUGUGUACGAGCCACGGAGCUGCAAGGUGUUUAGCAGUAGGGGACUGAAGGAGAUUGCCUGCGGAGGACAACAUUCAGUUUUCCUGUUGCAUGAUGGGAGUUUGUAUUCCUGUGGCUCUAACAGCUGGGGCCAGCUGGGCCAUGAAAAAGGAGGAGGCAGACCUGAGCUGGUUGGAGCCCUAGAUGCUCAGAAGAUUGCAGCGGUGUGCUGUGGGGAAGCUCACUCUCUGGCAGUCAAUGAGCAAGGCCAGGUCUUCUCCUGGGGGGCAGGGAAUGAGGGGCAGUUGGGUCUUGGCACUGCUGAGGAAACUGUCAGAGUUCCGAGGUUGAUCAAAAAAUUGUGUGAACACCGAAUUACUCAAGUCAUGUGUGGCAGUAAGCACUGCUUAGCCCUUUCUAAAGAUGGACAGAUUUUUGCGUGGGGACAGAACUCAAAUGGGCAGCUGGGCUUGGGGAAAGGAGAGCCCAGUAAGCUUUCUCCCCAGCCCCUCAAGUCGCUCUCCGGCAUUCCUCUGGCUCAGAUCGCUGCAGGGGGAGACCACAGCUUUGCAGUCUCGCUCUCGGGGGCUGUGUUUGGCUGGGGGAGGAACAGCGCAGGACAGCUGGGGCUCAAUGAUGAGCAAGAACGUGCAGUUCCUUGCCAUAUCAAGUCUUUAAGAACACAGAAAGUAGUUUACAUCAGCUGUGGAGAUGAGCAUACAGCAGCCCUGACAAAGGAUGGUGGUCUGUUUACAUUUGGAGAUGGCUCACAGGGGCAGCUGGGACAUGAUUCUACAAACAAUGAAGUAGUUCCAAGAAGAGUUCUUGAACUGAUGGGAAGUGAAGUAUCUCAGAUUGCCUGUGGCAGACAGCACACCCUAGCAUUUGUGCCUUCCUCGGGUGUGGUCUAUGCUUUUGGCUGCAACACCAAAGGACAACUGGGAGUUGGCUGCAGGGGGAAUGCUAAAAGCCCAAUACCUGUAAAGAGCAGCAUUUUUUACCACAGAGAAAGCCUUCACUCACCAGGCAGUGAGAAUGCACACAGGAAUUUUCCAAGCAGGUUGAGGGAAAUCUGCAGCACAUUUUGCUUAUGUUGCUGGAGCCGCUCAUCUCAUGAAAAAUCAGAAGGUUGCUUCAUUAGACAAAUUCAUUGUGGUGGAGAUCAUAGCUUUUUGUUGUGCUCCAGUUGUGAGUCGCCUGUUGCCCCUGAAGACUUCCGUGUUCUUAAUUCCAGAAAAAGUAUCUCAGUCAUUAACAGUGAAAAUUUAAACACUUGGCGAAUAAAACUUAUAGAGAACAGUGAUUCCAGCACUGUUAAUGAUAUAAUCCUUCUCCUUUCUUCCACUGCUUGUUGGAAUGCAAGUUUCCUAGACCAAAGUGAUGAUGGACACUUUAAAACCAAUCCUAAAAUUCCUGGGAUCGACUUGAGUUCUGUCAGGUUGUUAUUUCAAACUCUCAUGAAGCCUUCAUUUUCCAGGUUGUUAGAACAGGCUACAAAGAGUUUUGAAAGCCUCCUGAUUCCUCAGCUUCCCUGUUCUCCUCCAGAUGUGGAAGCAAUGCGCAUCUAUCUGAUUCUGGCAGAAUGUCCAGUGCUGCAAGACUCUAAAUAUUACAUAUCUUUGACUGUUCCCCUGGCCAUGGCCAUACUCCGCCUGGACACAAAUCCCAGCAAGGUUCUUGAUAACUGGUGGACCUUGUUGGACUGUGCUGUUUUCUCUCGACUCAUUGAGUUGUAUAAAAGCACUGUGGUGUUUCUGUUGACUGGAGGUAAAGCCUUGUUGAUCCCUGUGUUUCUGGAAAGCUACAUCAAUGCUGCAUUAAAACUUCUGGAGAAGUUACACAAGGUAAAUCUUAAAGCCCAGCAUGUGGAUUACAAUCACUUCUAUAUACCUGAUAUUACAAGUCUUGUGGAUAUUCAGGAAGAGUACCUGAAGUGGUUCCUGAGUAAGGCUGAAAUUAAAAUUAGAUCUCCUCCUCUACAGACCUCGGUGACUUUGUGUGCCUAUCCGUUUAUAUUAAAUGCUCAAGCCAAGACAACAAUGCUGCAGACGGAUGCUGAGUUGCAGAUGCAGAUGGCCGUGAGUGGAGCCAAUUUGCACAACAUGUUCAUGCUGCUGACGCUGGAGCCCCUCUUGGCCCGCAAUCCCUUCCUGGUGCUGCAUGUAAGGCGGGAUAACCUGGUUAGUGACGCCCUACGUGAGCUCAGCAUCUACUCCGACAUCGACCUCAAGAAGCCACUCAAGGUCAUUUUUGAUGGAGAAGAGGCUGUAGAUGCAGGAGGGGUAACAAAAGAGUUCUUCCUUCUGCUCCUCAAAGAACUGCUGGAUCCAGUCUAUGGAAUGUUCACCCAUUACGAAGAAUCAAACCUUCUUUGGUUCUCAGACAAAUGUUUUGUUGAACUCAACUGGUUCCACCUCAUUGGGAUUACAUGCGGCCUGGCGAUCUAUAACUCCACUGUGGUAGACCUGCACUUCCCCUUGGCCCUCUACAAGAAGCUGCUGGAUGUACCUCCUUCUCUGGAGGACCUGAAGGAACUGUCCCCCACUGAAGGAAGGAGUCUUCAGCAACUCCUGGAUUAUCAAGGGGAUGAUGUGGAGGAGUCCUUCUGUCUGAAUUUUGCCAUCACAAGGGAAAACUAUGGACUAACUGAAGUCAAGGAGCUUGUCCAAGAAGGAGAAAACAUCACAGUGAACAAGGACAACAGGGAGGAGUUUGUACAAGCCUACCUGAACUAUGUUUUCAAUGACUCUGUGAAGGAGCUGUACACUGCUUUCUCCAGCGGUUUCCUGAAGGUCUGUGGAGGGAAGGUCCUGUCACUCUUUCAGCCCUCCGAACUCAUGGCCAUGGUAGUGGGAAACAAUAACUAUAACUGGGAGGAGAUGGAAAAGAAUGCAGUUUACAAAGGUGAAUAUUCAGCCACUCACCCCACAGUGAAGAUGUUCUGGGAGGUCUUCCAUGAAUUUCCACUGGAAAAGAAAAAACAAUUCCUGUUGUUCCUCACAGGCAGUGAUCGCAUUCCCAUUUAUGGCAUGGAGAGCCUGCGAGUUGUGAUUCAAUCAACAUCAGCAGAGGAGCACUACCUGCCAGUAGCUCACACCUGCUAUAACCUGCUGGACAUGCCCCGCUACAAGACCAAAGAGAUCCUCAGGAAAAGGCUCACCCAGGCCAUAGAACAGUAUGAGGGAUUCAGUUUGGUGUGAUAUCAGCAAACAAUGCAAGCAAGUAAAGUCCGGCCCUGUUGGGUACAUCUGGACCACUUCUGCACUUUAGUAGUUCUGUGGAACUAUGUGCUCUAUGUAUUGAGGGUAUUUUUAUUUGUAGUUUUGACAGUUGUAUAGACUGAAAAAAAUGUGUAUUUAGAAAGUUCUCAUGUGGAAGCAAAUUUAAUGGGGUUUUCUUGAAAUCUUUGGUAUUUAAAUUUGGCUUCCAAAACUUUCUCUGAUGGUUCAUAUUUUGUAAAGGGCACUAACAUAGUGUCCUUAAUGAUGUAAGACUCACUCUUUCUGAGAUUUCAGCUGGAUUUUGUUGCAAGAUUGUGUUUGGGUUGGAUGCCAUCGAGUCUCGUUUGCCCCCUUAAUUAUUCCUAUAAAUAUUUAAACUGUGGAGCUCAUA